AUGAACGCGACAGACCCUGGAGCGCAGAGCGUGCAUGGGGUAAAUCCACAGACACUUGUAGAGAAGAUCAUGCGCAAUCGUAUCUACGCAAGUACUUACUGGAAGGAGCAAUGCUUCGGACUUACAGCUGAGACGUUGGUGGAUAAAGCUGUAGAACUCCAAGAGUUUGGUGGCACAUUUGGCGGUAAUCAGCAGCCUACACAUUUCCUGUGUCUUUUGCUAAAGAUGCUGCAGCUACAGCCUGAAUUGGAAGUAGUGAAGCAAUUUAUUGAGAAUGAGGAUUACAAGUACGUCAGAGUGCUUGGAGCCGUGUAUUUGCGUUUAGUAGGAAAGUCUCUGGAUUGCUAUACGCUACUAGAGCCACUACUUUGCGAUUACCGCAAAAUUCGCAAGCGUAAUGUUAUUGGCUGGGAGAUCACGCAUAUCGACGAAAUCGCUGAUGCACUGCUUACUGAAGAAUAUUACAUCGAUCUAGCGUUGCCCCGAUUGAUAAAUAGGGAGGUACUGGAAAAAAAUGAAGGCUUGGCUCCAAGGAGAAGUCCGAUUGAAGAUGAGCUUGACAGUGACAGUGCCAGCUCGAGUAGUAGUGAUGUAGAGGAUAAAGAUUAG